UGACCAUGGUGGCUAGAACACCUGCUGACUGUUGCAGGGCACUUGCUUGCCAGCAGUCGAAGAUCAAAGCGCACUGUUUGCUAAUAAUCCUCUUCUUCGAGACUGUUGGUGACUUUCUUCUACCAACUCUUGCGAUUGCGGCAUUCUGCAUAUUUACCUGUCGCGACUAUAACGCUGCCUAGGUCCCUUCCGGUGAUGACAGCCUCACAUCAUCACGGCGCAAGUAGGCUCGAUCAACGCCGCGGCGCGGCGUGGUAUGUAAGGGUCAGCCGGACCAUGAUGAUGAGCAGUAGCUUGUAUAAUGUCGCGGAUCGACGUCUCUGCUGACAGCGGUAUUGUGACCGGCGGGCGAGAGAAAGAAAGUGGUUGGGGUCGGCUGUGGAGGGUUGGUGUUUUUGGGGGUCUCGACGAUGCGUGCCCAGUCAGCAGUUCUUUGCAUAAAUACCACCGAGGUAAGGUACCUCUCGGUCAGUCUGCGGUCAAGUUCGGUGGCGCGUGUGGUUCCAGCAUUUAGUUCGGGAUGGUGGAUUGGUGAUCGAGCUGUGGAUGAAUUGUGAUACUUGUGUGAUAUUGGACAUUGGAAGUUUACUCAAAGGACUUUUUAUUAGUUUGGUGAAGUGUUCAAAACAAUAAUCGGUGACAAUGGCGAACAUGGACAUAAAUGAGUUCAGAGAGUUCGGGAAGGCAGCGAUAGACUUUGUAGCGGAUUAUUUGGUGAACAUUAGAGACAGAGAAGUCCUCCCAUCGGUUGAACCCGGCUAUCUGCACGAUCUGCUACCGAACGAAAUUCCCGAAAAGGGAGAAGACUGGAAAACUAUCAUGGAAGAAUUCAAGCGCUUCAUCGUUCCCGGUCUGACCCACUGGCAGUCACCACAUUUCCACGCUUUCUACCCAUCGCAAACUUCGUACUCUUCGAUUGUGGGAGAAACGCUGGCCGCAGGCUUGGGUGUCGUAGGAUUCAGCUGGAUUUGCAGUCCAGUUUGUACCGAGCUGGAGGUCAUAAUGAUGAACUGGAUCGGUCAGCUAUUGAACCUUCCGCGAUGUUUCCUCAAUUGUGACGAAGGCAACGGCGGAGGAGUUAUCCAGGGAUCGGCAAGUGAGUCGAUAUUCAUUGCAGUUUUGGUUGCUCGAGAACAAGCAGUUCGUCGGUUGAAGAAAGAAUAUCCAGAGCUGCCGGAGGCUGAGAUUCGUGGCCGGCUGGUUGCUUACACUAGUGACCAGAGUAAUAGUGCUGUUGAAAAAUCCGGAAUUCUGGGAGCCAUCAAGAUGCGUCUUUUGCCGGCAGAUGAUGAUUGCGUACUGAGAGGAAGAACUCUAAUAAAAGCAGUUGAGGAGGACAAGGCAAACGGACUGUUUCCGGUUAUAAUGGUGGCGACUUUGGGAACCACUGGAACAUGCGCGUAUGAUAACCUGGAGGAAAUUGGUCCUUACUGCAACGAAAACAAACUCUGGCUCCACGUGGAUGCGGCCUAUGCAGGAGCCUCAUUCUGCCUACCAGAGUACGCUUGGAUCAAAAAAGGCCUAGAAACGGCUGAUUCGUUGAACUUCAAUUUACACAAAUGGCUGUUUGUGAACUUCGAUUGCUGUGCCAUGUGGUUCAAGGAUGCUGCUAUGAUCACAGAAGCCUUCAGUGUGGAUCGGAUCUAUUUGCAGCACAAAUUCCAAGGCAUGAGUAAAGCACCGGACUAUCGGCAUUGGCAAAUCCAGCUCGGCAGGCGAUUCCGUUCGUUGAAAGUCUGGGUUACGUUGAAAACUAUGGGAGCGGAAAAGAUUCGCGACUUGAUUCGCUUCCAUAUAAGUCUUGCUCAGAAGUUUGAACAAUACGUGCGAACCGAUUCCAGGUUUGAAGUUACAUCGUCCACAUUGGCCCUGGUGUGUUUCCGGUUGAAGGGAGAGGACACCCAUUCAAAGCAGCUACUGGAUAAUAUCGUCAAACGAAAGAAGAUUUACAUGAUCCCAGCAACAUACCAGGGCAAAUUUAUUCUGCGAUUCAUGAUCGCGGGAAUCGAUCCGCAAGCCGAGGAUAUCGAUUACGCGUGGAAGGAAAUCAAAUCGCAAACCGAUCUGCUGUUCGGUGUGGACGAUAACGGGAACAGCGUUACUAUUAAGGAACUUAUUAAAGAGGAAAUGUUUGAGAAGGAAAAACCCAUUGGAAAGAUCACUGAGAGUUUGAGCGGGCUUGUACUGGCGAAUGAAAAAGCUCAGUGACUGAUAUAUUUUAGGAAUAUCGAUCUAUUCUCGUUGAAGUAUGUUUUAUAAUAGUUUGAUGUCUAAAUCGUUUUGUAGACUAUAAGUAUAAUAUCUCAAAUACAUUGAACCAUCACACAAUUUGUGUUAUGCAUUUAUCGAAUGAUUGUAACGCAUGGAAUUCAUGUUAACUUUUGUAAUGUUAGUACACGUGUUAUUUUAUUAUUUACAAGCAUUGAAGAUUUUAAUAAACAAUAUUUUUUUCAAAUACGCCAUCCCGUAAU